AUGUACCCGAAUAAUACUAUACCAGAAAUAGAUAUGGCCUCAAAGUAUCCAGGAUACAUUGCAUGUGAAGAAACAUGCGGCGAUAUUGUCUGCGGAUGUCUUCUCCCAAUGCCAGCACGCUCAUUCUUGCGCCUGGCACAAGUACCAAAAAGUAAGUCAGUGUUUGAAAUUGUGCGCUGCAUGGAGUGGACGCCAACAGUACAGGUUGACAUCGAAAUAACGAUGUAUAACAGAGCAAAAGAAAUGUUGAUAAUUCUGACACCCUACGUCACUCACAAGUACGAAGAGCUAUCGAUUACUGCGGUUUCGAUUCAAAAACCACAUUUUCCUCUAAUCGACAGAAGAUUCGCUGUUUCCGAAAACGAGGCACUAAUGUUGCCAAAUGAUUUUAGCCUCCCUGUGGAAUGCGAGUUAUAUAUCCAAGCGAAAGAAGAAUUUUCAAAAUGCGAAAAUCGCAUGGUUUGUACUUGUGAAAAUCUAAAGGCUCCUAGAGUAUGCAAGUGCCCACUAGGUUCUAUUAGGAACCUGCGUAAGUUGUGA